CCCCAAACGACAGUUCGUCGUCCAUCACAUCCAAGCUUUCCCUUGCUCGCUCGCAGCCCCCAGUCCGCAACGCCUGGGCCAUGACAACAACGCAACACGCGCCAGGCAUCGUUGUCUACGCAGAACUACUGGCCAACAUUAGACAGGUGUCUGUUGGGGCUUCGCUGUCGACACACUCGGACGCGUCCACCCAGGCCGAAGUCUUCGAUGCUGGGCGGCGCCUGCGCGUCUGCCACCGGGGCCAGUCCCAGGUGCUGAGCCUCCCAGCCUCGGUCGCCACGGCAGAGGCCCGUCUGCCCGUACCCAGUGGGUCAUCCAAGGAGCUCAACUGGAGGUUGCCCGUGUCGCCGGCCGACGCGGGCGAGCUGCGAUUCACGCCGGAGGACCAAGCGGUGCCGUGGAACUCCUCAGACAUCAAGACUGGGUCUCCUGUCUGCUGUCGAGAUUGUGGCGAUGCUCUGAUCCAGAAUGACACCAUCACUUCCUGGAAGGACCUGCCGAGUGAGAAUUGGGCUGAGAUGAUGGAGUUCUGGCACUGCCACAAGCCGCACGACCACGGCCAACAUGGAAGCGACUCCCUUGCCAGCCGAGGGUACGGUGCGAACAAUGCCAUCACUGCGCAACAAGGCGUCGGGUUCGUCGAUAUUACGUCUUUUAUGUUCUUCGAGUCCGACUGCCAAGGGAUCAUGUUCUCCACAUCCGUAUCCGGGCCUAGAGCAAAAGCCAGCGCAGAUGCCAUAGGCCAAGCAUUUGCCGGCAAGUUCCUGCACGCCUUCUGCGGCAAAUGCGGCACCGAGGUUGGGCUAUAUAGUCUCCUUGCGGCUGGCGUGACACUGUUCAAGUGGCAGGUUACGUGUGAAACAUCUUCAUCCACCGAGGCGCCCAGCGCGCCAGAAUGCCUUGCCUCGACUUUGCUCUCUACGCUAUCCCGGUCGGGCUGCGCAAAGUCCGUCGUAGCACCGCACGCAUCGGAGCAUCAGGAUGCCUCGGUACCGUUUCUCCACCUCUGGAUCCUCAACCCGAACGUCAUCUAUGCAUCCUCUACGAUGUCUGGCCGCAGGUCGGCUCUGAAGAUCUUGUACAAGGACAUUGGCCCGGAUGAGGGCAACAAGCUGGUGGAAUCGAUGACAUCGGACGUCCAGGACAUUAAUUUGCCCUCCAAGGCUCUGGCUGCGGCGAGGGAGGCGCUGCAGCUGAGCAGCAGUCUGUUGCCAGAACGUGAACGGACGUUCAGGGAAUGGAACGCGGGUCUGUUGCAGAAAUGGACCGCCAACACUUGAACCCCAAAUAAAAAAAUCACCAC